UCCUUCACAAUAAAUCAGCCCACAGUCAGUAGACCAGUCUGCAUGCAUGAGGACUCAGAGUCUGGCGUACGACAGAAUAACAGAUAUGCUGGUUUUUGUGUGUGAUUUAGAUUCUUUCCCGCACGUGUAAACGCUGUUGUUGGAUUCUUCUUCUUGCUGCGGCGGUGAGACAUUGUACAGCCUUAAAGGGACCAGCAGCGGCUCCAGACCCGCCCCUUUAAUUCAGUUUGGACGCAUUUAGCACCAACUGUGCGCAAGAUGACCGCCAACAGCAGGUACAAGAGCCGCGCGCCCCGGUCAGAUGAUGGAGAGGAAAAAGACUAUGUUGGUUUUGCGACGCUGCCCAACCAGGUGCACAGGAAGUCGGUCAAAAAAGGAUUUGACUUCACCCUCAUGGUGGCAGGUGAGUCUGGCCUGGGUAAAUCCACUCUGGUGAACAGCCUGUUCCUCACUGAUCUGCAUAAAGACAGGAAACUGCUCAAUGCAGAGGAGCGAAUCAAUCAGACGGUGGAGAUCACAAAGCACACGGUGGACAUCGAGGAGAAGGGGGUGAAGCUGAAACUGACCAUCGUGGACACCCCGGGCUUUGGAGAUGCUGUCAACAACACUGAGUGCUGGACGGCAGUCGCAGACUACAUCGAUCAGCAGUUUGAACACUACUUCAGAGACGAGAGCGGACUCAACAGGAAGAACAUCCAGGACAACAGAGUGCACUGCUGCCUCUACUUCAUACCUCCGUUUGGACACGGGCUUCGUCCCGUUGAUAUAGAGUUCAUGAAGGCCCUGCAGGAUAAAGUCAAUGUGGUUCCUCUCAUCGCUAAGGCCGACUGCCUCACUCCCACUGAGAUAAAGAAACUCAAAGAGAGGCUGAGGGAAGAGAUAGAUAAGUAUGGGAUAAAGAUCUAUCAGUUCCCUGACUGUGACUCUGAUGAGGACGAGGAGUUCAAGCGGCAAGAUAAAGAGCUGAAGGAGAGCACUCCGUUCGCAGUGAUCGGCAGCAACACUGUGGUAGAAGCCAGGGGUCAGAGAGUGAGAGGGAGGCUCUACCCGUGGGGCAUUGUGGAGGUGGAGAACCCGUCCCACUGCGACUUUGUGAAGCUGAGGACCAUGCUGAUAAGAACCCACAUGAACGACCUGAAGGACAUCACCAGCGACUGUCACUAUGAGAACUACAGAGCUCAGUGCAUCCAGACCAUGACCAGUAAGAUGAAUGCAGAUAAGCGGGUGGAGAGCCCCCUCCCGAUCCUGCCGCUGUCCACGCCUGACGGGGAGACGGAGAAACUCAUCAAAAUGAAAGAUGACGAAUUGAGGAGGAUGCAGCAGAUGCUUCAGAAGAUGCAGCAGCAGAUGCAUGAGCAGGACCUGUGACCCCUGACCUCUUAAGUUACCUCUGUGACCCUCAUACCUUUUUAUUUAGGAGACAAACCAGAACAAAAUCAAACACAGACUUCAGAAAAGGCCAUCUCUUCAAGGGAAGAGAGGAAGAAAUCUUUACAUAAUUACAGUCAACAUUUCACCCAAUUCUCAAAACAAUGUUCACAAAGAAACAGUAGAGGAAUGAUAGCAUGCUGGGAAACGUAUUUUGACCUAAUUUAAACUUAGUUUUUUUUAAUGCAGUCAUUAGCCAAGUGAGUCUAGUUAGGCAAUAGCGAGUAGAUUGCACUUUGGUACCUUUAGAUCACACUAGAUUUCCAAGUAUGUUUUCUACUUGAAAUACUAAAUGAGACUAAAGCACCACACCCUCAAUUCAUUUGGUAGUUUAUGCACUGAUUGUGUGGGCACCUGCUGUGUGGAGCGAUGCCUAAAGUGAAAAGUCGCUGAUGGUUUGCAACUUUGGUUUUAGUGGCAUACGCACAUUCUGAAUAAUAAUAACUGGUCGUAAUAAUAAUACCUUUAUUUUAGCCCUUUUCAUAAACAAGUUACAAGAUGCUUCGCGAAAGACAAAAACCAACAGGUAACGUGAAAUGAAAUACAAAUGAUUAAAUAAUUAAGAUUAAGAUGAGCUUGUGUUGUAUUGUCACGUGCAGAUUCUUAGUGGUACGCCACUUUAACCAGUGGUAAGUCGCUGCUGUUCGACCGGCAUAUGGCACGGCAGGGUAUGUUUCAACGGCACAUGCUUCUUCCCACCGGUGUGUUAUAAUUCUUACUGGCCGCUGCCGACUGCUGGUAUGUCGCUGCUGUGUGCCGCAUUAAAACGAUACGUCACCGUUGUUCCAGUGGCAGACGCCACUUUUCACUGGCAGGUACAGUGUGAAACUGGUAGCGAAUGCUGUAACAUUAUACUGAGAGAUAAUCACUCACUGUGGGCAGCUGUCACUGAUGUGACGAGUGCUUUACUGGUACAGGGUAGCUAAGCUAAUGAAGCUAGCUGUAGCUACUAUGGCUAACGGCGAGCGUAGCGUCAGACAAUGUUUGACCGUUAAAGGGGAACCCCAGCGAUUUUACACAUCAAAGAGUGUUUUCAAGUGUUGGGGAGUACUAAUGCAUAUCUGAAAAAAGUAUAAAGCUUUUGUGGCUCCAGAGGGAGCUACGCUAAAUUUCAGAAAUGUCCUCAGGUGAUGUCACUUGAGUCAGCGUCGGUUGGGGCUGAAGACUACAAGUUUGAAAACUAGAGGCAGUCGUAUCCAAGAGGAUGUUUGUUUGCGUUCAGCUCGAGCUCAGCCUGCCGAACAGGACAGCGGUGAGCGGGAGGAAGGCGACGGGUUUACUGUCUUGGCUGUUUUAUCAGAAUCAGAAUCAGAAAUACUUUAUUGAUCCCCGAAGGGAAACUCUUUGUUACAGCAGCUCGCCUUUACGUCAGUGCACACAGGAGAAAGUACUAGCAAAAAAAAUAUAAUACACUAUAAAAAACAGGUCAGAAAAUAAAUUAAGUACCAGGUGGGUAUAAGUAUAAGAUAAAAUAAGUGUGAGGUACCAAGUGGGUUUACCGGUUGAUGAUGAUAAUACAGUAUAAUAAUACAAUAUAAUAAAAUAAGUAAUAAGCAGAGGUGCAUGUACUGAUUAUUAAGAUAUUGCACAGCAGUGUCAAUAAAUAGGAACAACUAACAUGGGAAAACUAAAUAUUGCACGGGAGUAAUACACAGAAUAUUGCACAAUUAUUUCAAGUAUUGCAGAGAUGUUAAUGAUCAAUGUCCAGUUUAGUGACUUCAGGUCAUACAGACUGACACUUAGAGGGAGGAGUUAAAGAGUUUGAUGACUUCCUGUGGCGCUCUGUGGUUAAUGAGUACAACAGAGGAGAGCUUGCUGGGAGAAAUAACAUAAUUAUUGGUAUUUCACUCUAAAAAGGGGGAACUGCCGUUAAGUGGUGGAUUUUACAAGACGAAGUGAGCGUGCACGUUUGUGUUUAUACUUGUACUGUGCUUGUUCUGCUAGGGAAUAAUGUAUUUGUGUUUACAUUUAGUUUGCCGAUCACAUGCCUGAUUAGCCGCUACUAGCGUAACACACCCAAAACUUCGACCGAACUGUCAGUGGUCGAGUUGCAUUGUGGGUAAUGUAGGCACCAGGUUUUGACAAGGAAGAAUUUGUGGAAUAAAAAAAAAGUCACCUGUGGUUCUGCUGCAACCUUUUUGACCUUUUUGUUAAGUUAAAUUGUCCAUAAUGUAAGCAGUAGUAUAUGAAACUGUAGGGAUAAGCAGUGGGCCCCUACCCACGGUGCGAUUUUGGGCCGUCCAAGAUGAAAGUUCGCGAGAGAAACGUGAUCAAAUCUCUGGUCGUCAUUCAGAAACGUUGGUUGCAAAUCGCACUGUGAGCAGUGUCCACCAACGGCCGAUUUAGAGCUUCUGUGACCAAAAGAUCGGCGUCAAAAUGCGUCGGCCGAUGCGACCCACAGCUACAAACCAACCACUCAGAAUGGACGUAUGGCACGAGAGCGAGAGCGACGCACCAUCAGCCUCGGCCUGGUGAGUUUUUACUCACCGCGGUAGACACAUACAUUCUUCAGACAAUCUCAUCCUCAUAGGAAACCUUGCAGAAAGCAUUGCAUCAAAGAAAUUCACGUAAAAACAAUCCUACGUACGGUGCACUAAUUCAGUUUUCAGAGCACAUUUGUUUGGGUUUGUGCGUUUAAUAUAUAAUAAUCAGUAUUUCCACUAUCCCAUAGCUAUUACGUAUGUUACAGGUGUGAUUUCAGUGACCAUGUCAGGGGGAUUUGGCAAUGUGCACAAGCCUCCUGAUGCAGAUACUAGUUCAGUAUUUAACACCGUCCAGCCCCACAUACUUGAAGUAAGAUCCCAACAAUCAAAAGCAGUGUUACGGAGUGCUUUACAGUAACAUAAGGACAGGUAACAGAGGGUUAAAAAACUAAAUAAAACCUUUCUUUUCAUCUAAAAGUGUCUGUCUUCAUAUGUCUAUAAUGUGCAUUGACUUUCUGUUUAAUGUUAUUUUUUAAAUGACAAAACUGUCAUGAAUUAAGAUAUUUAAACUAAUUUUUUUGUACGUACAAAUCCUUCCUUUAAUACAAAUUUCGUCAAAGGGACUCGAGGGUUGCAGUUGAAGGCCAGACGACUUAAAUCAGCAGAUAACUUUUGUUAAUAGUGAACUUUGUUUUAAGAAAAAUAAGUAUGUAGAAGAGUGGAGGCUCAGCAUUCCUCCCUACAAUGUAAGAUCAAUUCUGUUAAUAAACUACUGACAAAGCUGCA